AUGGAAAUAGAAAAUCACACUGGAGGACCACAGUUCCUCCUCCAAGGCCUCUCAGAGGAUCCAGAACUGCAAUCCAUUCUCUUUGGACUAUUUCUGAUCAUGUACCUGAUCACAGUAUUUGGAAAUUUAUUCAUCAUCCUGACUGUCAGCUCUGAUCCCCACCUCCACACCCCCAUGUACUUCUUCCUCUGCAAUCUAUCCUUUGUUGACAUCUGCUUCACCUCUACCACAGUCCCAAAGAUGCUCAUGAAUAUUUCAAUGUACAGCAAAGGCAUUUCUUACAUGGAGUGCCUCACUCAGUUGUAUUUAUUUAUGACUUUUGUUGGAAUGGAUAACUUUUUACUGACUGUAAUGGCAUAUGACAGAUUUGUGGCCAUUUGCCACCCUCUGAAGUACACAAUCAUUAUGAACCCAAGGCUGUGUGGCCUCCUGAUUCUGAUAUGUUGGGUCGUCAUGCUCUGUGUCUCCCUCAUUCACUUUCUCCUGCUGAUGCACCUCACCUUCUCUAUCAACACUGAAAUUCCACAUUUCUUCUGUGACCUGGCUCAGCUUCUCAGGGUGGCCAGUUCUGAUACUUUCAUCAAUAGUAUCUGUCUGUAUGUGGUAACUGCUCUGCUGGGUAUAUUUCCCACGACUGGCAUCCUGUUUUCUUACUCUCGGAUUGUCUGCACGUUGAUGAGGAUGUCCUCUAUUUCAAGCAGACAUAAAGCCUUUUCCACAUGUGGGUCUCAUCUCUGUGUUGUCUCCUUGUUCUAUGGAACAGGACUUGGGGUUUACCUCAGUUCUGCUGUGACUUGUUCUUCCAAAGAAAGCUCUAUUGCCUCAGUGAUGUACACUGUGGUGACUCCCAUGCUGAACCCCUUCAUCUACAGCCUGAGGAACAAGGAAGUAAAGGGAGGCCUGGGAAGACUGCUCAACAGAGCACUCCUUUGUCCAUCAUGGAUUACUAACUCUAGAACUAGAGUUAUUAUAUAA